AUGCCAACCACCAUCUUAACACCGCUCGGUGUUGUUGAACCCAUACAAUCUACCAAAACAUCACCCAUUGAGGUGAAAACCCUCGAAGUCGAACUUAGCACUGGUGAAAGCUCAGAUGCAUGCUCGCUUUCUAUUGGAGAUGGAAUCGCUUCUUACGCUGAAUCGACUUCAGGAGAGUCGAAGCUAGGAUCAAGUGGGUACGAUGACUUGGCUUGCAUUGUCGGCAUAGGCUGUCGCCUGCCUGGUGGUAUCCGUUCCCCCUCGGAUCUCUGGGACCUCCUUGCAGCCAAAAAGACGACCCAAGGACGAGUGCCUGCGGAAAGAUUCAACAUCGCCGGUUACUACCAUCCAGAUGGUAAGACGGCUGGUGCCAUGGACGCCGAUGGCGGCUACUUCCUUGAUGAGGACGUUCGGCAGUUCGAUAAUAGCGUCUUUGGUAUCAACAACCUCGAAGCAACUUACAUGGAUCCUCAACAGCGGAAGUUGCUGGAAGUGACGUACGAAUGCUUAGAGAGUGCUGGACUAUCUAUGGAGGACGUCUCAGGCACUGAUACAGCCGUCUAUAUUGGAAACUUCACCGUUGAUUAUCAAACGAUGCAAACAAGAGACCCAGACUACCUCCACCGGUAUAGCGCGACGGGUUCAGGGACUGCCAUAAUGGCUAACCGCAUAAGCCAUGUCUUCAACCUAACUGGGCCGAGUUUCACUCUUGACACAGCCUGCUCGUCGUCUAUCUAUGGCCUUCAUAACGCGGUUAUGGCACUUAGGAAUGGCGAUUGUAGUGCUGCUAUCGUGGCAGGAGCCAACCUCAUUACGUCUAUCGAGCAGCAUCUAGGCACUAUGAAGGGCGGGGUGCUCUCUCCCACAUCAACUUGUCAUACUUUUGACGCAUCCGCUGAUGGCUAUGGGCGAGGGGAAGCAGUUAAUGCUGUGUUUAUUAAGCCCCUGUCACGAGCAAUACGUGAUGGGGACAAUAUUCGCGCCAUCAUUCGGGGUACUGCUAUCAAUGCCAAUGGCCGGACCAACGGCAUUACGCAACCCAGUGCCCGUUUUCAAGAAGCUGUCAUUCGCAAAGCUUACGCCAACGCGAGAUUAAACAUGGCAGAGACUGAUUACGUGGAAUGCCAUGGAACCGGCACCGCUGUCGGGGACCCCGUCGAAGUUGAGGGCAUCGGUCGGUGUUUCUCGCCGCGUUAUGGUCCGCCGUUGAUGAUCGGCGCGAUUAAAACAAAUGUCGGCCACAGUGAAGCUGCAAGUGGCUUGUCGGCCGUGAUCAAGACGGUCCUGGCCUUUGAGAAAGGUCAAAUUCCACCUACAUAUGGAAUCACCAAACUAAACCCCAAGCUGCAACUUGAUAAGUACAACUUAAAGGUCGUCGAUGAACUAUCGGAAUGGCCACGGGAGUUACGGAGGGCCAGUAUCAACUCGUUUGGUUACGGCGGUGCCAACGCCCACGUGAUUCUUGAAGACCCGAAGAGCUUUCUCAAAAGCAGCAGUCAUAUCGGAUCAUUCGGAGAAUUAGACACAGCGACUGAAGAGCGAAACAGCCAGCAGCCUAAUGAUGUUUAUCUGCUUCUAGUUUCUGCUAGAUCCAAAUGGUCGUUGGAGAAACGCAUCGGCCAGGUGAACGAAUAUGUCACUGCUGCGUCUAAAACAAAUGAGCUGCCAUCAAUAGCGUUCACGUUGGGUGAGCGCCGGGCUCAUCUCAGCCACAGGGCCUUUAUCAUCGCUAAUCACGGCCACACUGAGGACGUUAUGGCGUCUGGCAAAGAUAAUGAUGCGCUACCAGUGGCAUUUGUAUUCACAGGGCAGGGCGCUCAGUAUCCCGGUAUGGGCAAAGAGCUCCUAAAGAAAGAGCCCGUAUUUCGAGAUUCAAUAAAAGAGCUCGACGCAGUGCUACAAGCGAUCCCCUGGCGUGAUCAGAGACCAUCCUGGACGCUGAAACAAACAAUCUUGGAUCCCCCUGAGACUAGCAUGAUCCACGAUGUCACACGCAGCCAACCUGUCUGCACGGCGAUUCAAAUUGCUCUUGUAGACCUUCUCGACUCUUGGGGGAUUCAAGCAGAGUCAGUCGUUGGCCACUCGUCCGGUGAAAUCGCCGCUGCCUAUGCAGCCGGCCACCUCAGUGCUGCACAGGCUAUUCAAGUAGCAUAUUUCAGGGGCGCUGCUGUUGCAAAGCUUGAAAACCAAGGUGCUAUGCUCGCAGCUGGUUUGACCCUUGAUGCGGCCCAUGAGUUGAUCCAAGAGUUGGGCUUGGCAGGCCGUGCUUGUGUUGCAUGUGUCAACGCACCCGAAAGUAUCACUCUCAGCGGUGAAUUCACCGCCAUAGAGUUAGUGAAGACAACACUGGAAAAACGUGGUGCGUUUUCUAGAACUUUGCAGACCGGCGGAAGAGCCUAUCACUCGCAUAUGAUGACGGAGGUGGGCGCACUGUACGAGAAGAUGCUCGAAAUCAUGUUCAGUGUCCAAAAGAAAGACUCCACACAUCCGUAUAAAGCCAAGAUGUAUUCAUCUGUAGGCCAUAACAAGGAUGAGUUGGCUGUGUUUGAUGCGGAUAGUGGCAGUAAAACUUGCACGGCUCGUUACUGGCGUCAGAACCUCGAGUCAACGGUGCAAUUCAGCGGUGCCCUCAGCAGUCUGACUGCGAACAGGAAGACGCAUCUCAUUGAGAUCGGUCCCCAUGCUGCUCUGAAAGGUCCAAUUGAAAUGAUCCGAAAAAUGACAGGCCAUCACUUUCGCUACUCGCCGAGUCUCUUACGCGACCAGGACUCUGACAAAUGCUGCAAGAAACUCGCGGGCGAUUUAUUCAUACAUGGGUACUCUCUCGAAUGGACCCAAAUUAACAGCAUUCCGGGUGGUUUCAAAACUCCUCUCUCUACGUUGCCUCCCUACCCGUGGGAUUACUCUGGGCCGGUUUUAUGGAGUGAGCCACGAGCCAGCAUUGAGCAGCGAAACCGUAAACAUCUGCGCCAUGAGCUUCUUGGAGUAUUGCACACAGCCGGCAACGAAAUCGAUUGGGCGUGGCGGAAUCUGCUUCAGCUAUCUGAGGUACCUUGGAUGCGUGAUCAUAAGCUUGAUUCCCAGAUUGUCUUCCCAGCCACUAGCUACCUAGGUCUCAUAAUAGAAGCGGUAUCUCAGGUGUGUGAUACAACUCCUUCGACUCCUGGCACGGCCUUCGAGUUUCAAAAUGUCAGUAUCGGCGCUGCUAUGGUGAUACCGGAGGAAACCAACAGUCAACUAGAGAUUCAUACUUCUUUAUCAGCGCAAAAACUUUCCACGGUCAAUCAAUCCACCAUUUGGUACGACUUUGCAGUAUCCUCAUGGGAUGAUGGCAAACCGACCUUGCAUUGCUCAGGCAGGAUUAGACUACUCGCCGGCGACAACCUUCAAGCCCCAUCUGACAUUGUGGCCGUCGAUGAUACACAAGGAUAUGAAUCAUGGCAUAUGCGGAAGUGGUACAGCAAGCUGGCAGAUGAAGGCCUUUGUUUUGGAGAAAAGUUUCAGUCGAUCACGGGUAUGAAAACGGAUGGCAACAGAAUACGGCCAGAGGCCAUCUCUACCACUAAAGUAUUCCAGAACGUCGGCGAGGAUUCAAAAGGUGGAACCAAAUACACCUUGCACCCUCUUGUCGCGGAUGCUCUACUCCAGGCCGGAAUUUUCGGUGGGACAGCCGGUGAUGUAAGAUCUCUUCGCGCAUACCUGCCUGUAUUCAUCGAGUCCUGCAGAAUCUACACGCCCAACGUUGGUGAAACUGAGGCUACCAUUCACUCACGGACUCGCACGACUGGAUUUGCUACUAAGCAGGUAGACGGUACCCUUAGAGGCGGUAUUAGUGGGGAAUGUCUUGUUGAUAUGAGGAAUGUUCGCUUGACUCUUUAUAAUGGAAAGACGUCUUCUGAUACCGCACUAUAUGCAGAGAGGGACUCAAUGAAGCGCCAGCCCUGCCUCGACAUACAAUGGAAACCUGACAUUAUACGAUUGCUCCCCGAAUCUGUCGAUGAAAUCCGGCAAUACAUUGAGCAAAAGGUUAACGCGAUGCCUGACGACUUGAGAGACCACCCCAGCAUGGCAGCCAUUGUCGCGCUUGUUGACCUCGCAAGCUUUAAGAAUCCUAAGAUGCGGGUCAUAGAACUUGCUCAAGACAGUCAAUGUCGAGUUAAGCGAUGGCUUGAAACCCUUGAGGCAGAAACGUCAUUUCCCCGUUGUCGAUCUUGGGCUGGGGGCCAGUUCGAUGCGAAUGGAGACCUUCAACACACGGGUGGAAAUGAUGGCUGUUUCGACACUCUCAUCAUUCCUGAGUUGUCUGCAUCGAUAUCCUACUUAGAGGAUGAGGUAACAUGGCUCAGUUCCAUCUUCAAAACCAGUCUAGGAGGAGUCGUGAUUACACGCAAAACAAGGACUAGCCUUGACAUCCUUCGGUCGUUAGGCUUCACAGCGAUGGAUGUUGGUCAAGAUGUAAUCUUGGCAGUACAACCUCCUCCUGUACAGAGCCUAUCAGGUCGAGAGGUUGUCCUUAUCACUCCAUUCGUGCCCAGCUUGUUGACCCAACAAUUGAGCCAGAGACUGGCCCAGCAUCUCAAUGAAAUACCUAUGUUUGAUAGGGAUAUCAAGAUAGCGACACUUGAAGAGUUGGAGAGCUCGGAUAUAUCUUCGACAUCCAUUUACAUUUCCUUUCUCGAGCUAGAAAACGAGUUCCUCGCUACCAUGAGCCCUGAAAAGAUGGACUUUCUGCGUCGAAUCACCGACAUCGCUAACGAUUUGGUUUGGUUGACCGGCGCAGGGAUGCUGAGCUCAUCACCAGAUCCGAACCUUACGCUCUCGCAAGGUCUCUCCAGAGCUCUUGUGCUCGAACAACCUUCGCUGCGAUUCACUGUGAUUGAUAUUGGAGACCUUGCAUCUAAGAACAGUAACUGUAUGAAGUCGUUUUCGUUGAAUUUGAUACAAGGUCUUGCCUCCGUAUCAGACAUGGAUGACAAAGAGUUCAUUGAGAAAGAUGGCAUCCUGUAUAUCAGCCGCUUCAUCGCAAAGAAUGAGUUCAACAGCCUGUUCCGUCGUCGCCUAGACAGCAAGGAACCCAUAGCCAAGCUCUCUCUUGAUAAAAUAGGCCCUGCACGCUUGGGUAUUGGUUCAGUUGGGCAGAUGGAUACGCUCCAUCUCGUUCAAGAAACUCAGCCCCUUUCCAAGCCCCCACCUGGAUUUGUCGAUAUCCGGACCAAGGCGGUAAGCUUGAACGCGAAGGACGUGUACACUGCCAGUGGCCGAGUAGAGACGCGCACGGGUACCGCUGCGAUCGAGUUCUCCGGGAUUGUAGUUGCUGUCGGUGACGAUGUGUCGCAUCUGAAGCCAGGAGAUCAUGCUGUGGUGCUGGCACCGAACCGGUUUGCCACCGUUGAGCGCGUGCCAGCCUGGGCAGCACAUAAGAUGCUGCCAUCCGAAGACUUUUGCGUCAUGCCAACACUCCCCGUGAUCUAUGGCACAGCACUGUAUGCGCUGCACGAUCGGGCUCAUUUGCGUGCUGGCGAGUCAAUCCUCAUUCACAGCGGUGCCGGCGCAUUUGGAAUGGCUACAAUCGCACUCGCCCAGCACAUUGGGGCAGUUGUGUAUACAACGGUGGGAUCAGCUGCGAAGAAGAACUACCUCAUGCGUGAGCUGGCUUUGCCGGCAGAUCAUAUUUUCAACUCCAGGGACUCGUCCUUUGUCGACGGUGUCCGAGCUGCCACGAAUGGCCGAGGUGUUGAUGUCAUUAUAAACUCUCUUGUGGGCGACCUCAUGCACGAUAGCUGGGAAUGCAUAGCCGACUUUGGCCGGUUCGUAGAGGUAGGGAAGAGGGAGCUCGUUGACGCUGGAAGGCUCAACAUGCGCGUCUUCCUACGCAACUGUACCUUUACAGCCUUUGACCUAACCGAAUUGUUCUUCCACGAGGACCAAUUUUAUAGAGAUAUUUGGAUUAAUAAAACGAAAGAAGCCCUGGAACUUUAUCGCAGUGGACAAGUGAAACCUGUCCCUAUUUCCACCUUUGAUAUUUCCAAGAUUUCACAGGCCUACCGGUUCUUUUCAGGGAGAGAUCGAAUUGGAAAAGUCGUUAUAUCUUUGGAAAACCCACAGAGUCUUAUCCCGGUCAUGCCAUCUCGAUACAGCACCAUCCUAAGCCCAGAGAAGACUUACCUUUUGAUUGGUUGUCUAGGCGGUCUUGGGCGCAGCCUAAGUCGAUGGAUGAUGAGCCGUGGCGCGAGAAACUUUGUCUUCCUCGGGCGGUCGGGCUGCGAUCGGCCUGAAGCACAGGAGCUGGUAUCUCGUCUUCAAGGCGCCGGUGCCAACGUUGAGGUUGUCCGUGGCGAUGUGUCCAACCAGGAAGAUGUUAAUGCCGCCGUUAAUGUAUGUGCCGGCCGACCUAUUGGUGGUGUUGUUCAAGCUGCUAUGGGUCUGAGUGAAGCUUUGUUUACACGCAUGUCCCAUGCGGCUUGGCACAAGGGUAUCCAACCCAAAUGGCGCGGCUCCUGGAAUCUCCACCGUGCCCUGGAACUUAACGGUCACGAUGCUGAUCUUGAUUUCUUCUUACUGACAUCAUCCGUGAGUGGUAGUGUUGGUACUGCUACUGAGAGCAACUACUGUGCGGCCAAUGGUUUCUUGGAUUCCUUUGCACGCUAUCGCCAGAGCCAAGGAAAGCCAGCUGUCUCCGUUGGGCUAGGCAUGAUCUCAGAAGUCGGUUAUCUGCAUGAGAAUCCCGACAUCGAGGCGUUACUGCUUCGCAAAGGCAUCCAGCCCUUGAACGAAGACGAGUUCUUACAAGUCAUUGAUAUGGCACUAGCAGCAGAGACCCGAGUCCCUCACAUUCUUACAGGCCUUGAACCCUUCGGCCUGCGUGAGCUCAUCAAGAAAGGCUUUGAGGUGGAAAAUGGCACAACGCAAGAUCCCAGAGCUGGAUUUCUAGCCGCCGAACUACUCGCCAGUCAAGAGACGAAUAACGGAUCUUCCGCCCCCGCCACAGAUAUGGCCAUGGCUUCUCCAUGGUUCAAGGCCCUGCGUUUAAAUUCAUCUGAGACGACCAGAGCACUGGCGUCAGAGGCAGAUGCGCCAACCCUACAUGAAGCCAUCUUGAGGUUAGCUCGAAAGCGCUUCUCGAAUUUGAUAUUGCUGCCGCAGGAUCAGAUAGACAACCACAAGGCACUGCCACAUUAUGGGGUGGAUAGCAUGAUAGCUGCCGAGUACCGAACGUGGUUCUGGUCUGUGUUCAAGGUCGACGUGCCGUUCUUGGAUAUAGCCAGUCCAAAGAAGUCCUUGGAUUCGUUUGCAACUUUCAUUGAAGAAAGGUUAUUUGAUGCUGGCUCUGGAGAGGACAACGUGUAA